GAGACUAACAUACGGAGGGACUGUGAUGUGUUGGAAAAACAGAAACCAAUGGACUGAGUAAAAGUGCUCUACGUUACAACUCUAUUUCACGUUCGAUGAAUCACUGCGAUUUAUCAUGACAAAGUGCUUUACCAUUUGUUUUAUAAUGAGUGUCCUUCGCCCCCGGCAAGCUUCACUGUAUUCGGCCAUCUUGACGCUCCGUUAAUAACUAGCUGUACACGCUAGCUGAGCUGCCACCGCCUUCUAUCCCUUCACACCACCAGUGUCACUUCGUAUGUUCGGCACAUUGCAACAUUGGACGGACGCUAAAAAUUACGACAGUAAAAUCGAAAAUGAAGAGGAGAUUCAGUACUCAUCGCUCAGUGCGACUCUUCGUGUUAUAAACGGCCAGAAUACGCUCUAGCUAAUAUGAAAAAAGGUGAAUGCUUUUGAAAAUGGCAAGAUGUUAUAGAACGUGCUACAAAUAUUUUGAUCUAUGAUCAGGAGUAUGUUUAAGCAACCAUGAGGCCUUGUUUGACACUUGUAAGAUACGCCAACUCGCUGCGUCCGAACUGCAGACUGAACGUUAGUAGCGAACUGUGCAGAACACGAAAGGCAACCUCACGGACGGUGUGCUCAGAGACGAGGAAAAGAUGGAUCAAACCAGCAGGCUUUGACACUGGUAUAAAGACGUUCAACAGCCUCACGAAACAGAAGGAGCCUUUGUUGUUGGCCCGGGAGGGAAUAGCAACGUGGUAUAGUUGUGGACCCACAGUGUAUGAUGAUUCCCACCUCGGCCAUGCAUGCUCUUAUGUCAGAUUUGACAUUCUGCAAAGGAUUUUAACCAGGCUGUUUGGAAUAAAUGUAACGCAUGUCAUGGUCAUCACUGACAUCGAUGAUAAGAUCAUAAAGAGAGGCCUUGAGGAGAACAUCUCACCAUUUGUAAUUGCCAGGAUGUAUGAAGAGGAGUUUAAGAAGGACAUGCUGGCACUGAAGGUGCUUCCUCCAUUUGCGUACAUGAGAGUCACGGAGAACAUACCUGGCAUUGUGGCCUUUAUUGAACGCAUCAUCAGGAAUGGCCAUGCUUAUACCACGGGUCAAGGGGAUGUUUACUUUGAUACACAAUCCAUCGGUAGUCGAUAUGGCAAGCUUGUGAACUUGAGUGGUGCUGGGGAACUUGGGGAACCAGGGGGCGGGGCUAAAAAGGACCUGCGAGACUUCGUGCUGUGGAAAGCCUCUAAGCCACUGGAGCCUUACUGGGAGUCUCCGUGGGGGAGGGGAAGACCUGGCUGGCACAUCGAAUGCUCCACAAUUGCAAGCUCUGUCUUUGGUAGCCAGCUGGACAUCCACUCAGGAGGCAUAGACCUGGCCUUCCCUCAUCAUGAGAACGAGAUUGCUCAGUGCGAGGCAUACCACAAGUGUGACCAGUGGGGGAAUUACUUCCUGCACUCAGGGCACCUUCAUUUGAAAGGCAGUACAGAAAAAAUGUCAAAGUCAUUGAGAAAUUAUAUUACAAUAAAGGACUUCUUAAAGUCCUACACUGCCAAUGAGUUUAGGCUGUUCUGCCUUUUAACCAAAUACAGAUCAGCAAUCGACUACAGCGCUGCCAGCAUGAACGAGGCUCAGUCCACGCUGGCCUCCCUUUCUGCCUUCAUGCACAGCACCCAGGCCUACAUACAAGGCCACCUACAGUGCCAGCCCGUGCAGGAGGCCUUCCUGUGGGAAAGGCUAGCGGCCACGCGGACCAACGUCCGCGCGGGGCUUGCAGAUGACUUUGACACACCAAAGGCGAUGGAUGCGAUCAUGAGCCUUGUUCACCACAGCAACUGUCAGCUUCAGCCUGUUUCCAAGGCUGAUGGAAUCUCUCGAAGCCCAGCUGUCUUUGGUGCAGUACUGUCUUAUAUUAGCAAUUUCAUGGAUGUCCUUGGAGUCGAUCUGCUGGACAGAAAGGAGUCUCAUGCUGCUGACUCAUCCGGCGUCCUCCACAAUGUGGUGGAGCAGCUGGUGCGUUUCCGUAGUGAGGUGCGAAACUUCACCCUCUCGGUGGAGGACCGAUCCCCUCAGGACCUUCAAGCCAGUGCCUCACCCCAGAGGCAGAAGCCCAGGCCAGACAGAGCUCCCUUACUGCAGGCCUGCGAUGCCCUAAGGAAAGAUCUGAUGCCCUUGGGAGUCCAGAUUAGAGACAGAGGGACCACGUCUACAUGGGAGAUUACACAGCAACCCAGAGACAACAGAGACAAGGACAGCUAGACUUUCUCUGAGCCUAGCAUGGACUGCUGCACCAGACCAGUCUUGACCAACUUUUUUGUUAACUAGACUUUUAUUUUGGAAGAUCAAAAAUCACUUUGUGACGGUCUUCUAGUGAGAUCUGACCUGAAAUAGUGAGCGUGCGUUCUUUCUGCAAUAUCACAGUGCUCUCUCUCUCUCUCUCUCUCUUUUAUAUAUUUAUAUAUAUAUAUA